AUAGGCCUUUAUCGAAAAGGUUUUUUUGUUUCGACUGUCCCUCUUUCGCUCCCUCCUUUCCUCCCUCAUCCCAUUCCACCUUUCAAGCCCGAUCAACCAUGGCUCUCUUCCUUGGCCGCCUCACCCACGACACCCGCUCCAGAGAUCUCGAGGAUCUCUUUGCCAAGUACGGCAGAGUCACUCGUCUCGACAUCAAGCGAGGCGCCAACUCUGGUUUUGGCUUCGUCGAGUACGAGGAUCCCCGCGAUGCUGAAGAGGCUGUUCAUAAGCUCAAUGGAUCGGUUGUGAAUGGAAAUCCUAUCGUGGUCGAGUUUGCCAAGAACAAUGGCCGUCGUGCUGGUGAUAACGAAUGCUUCAAGUGCGGCAAGGAGGGACACUGGGCUCGUGAUUGCCGUGGCGGUUCCUCGGGCGGUCGCUUCAGUGAUCGCAGAAGAUCUCGUUCUCCACGUCGUCGUUCUCGUUCCCCUCGUCGUGACUAUAGAGAUCGCUCGCGUUCUCGCUCCCCUCGCCGUCGUGAUUACCGCGAUGACCGCCGCGACUCUCGUGAUGACCGCCGUGAUUCCCGUCGCGACUACAGAGACGAGGGCCGCAGAGAAGAUCGCUCGCCCGAGCGCUCGUCCUCUCGCCGCGAUUAUGACCGCCAGAGAGAUGCCUCUCCUGCCCGCGGUCGCUCUCCCAGCCCUAACGCCGAUCGUCGCCAACGCUCCGUCAGCCCUGUUGCUAAGGAUCGUGCUCGUUCCAUCAGCCCCGACGGCCGUUAACGGAAUCAGGAGGGAAAUUAUAUGUGCAACACGGAUAAGAUAACGGUAAUACCAAGAACGGAGCGGGAAUAAGUCUCGUAUUUUGAGGAGAUGUUGCACAGAGAGCGAAUCAGUUGCUUUUAAUUAGUUUCUCGUAUUUCUUCAGUGCCAUUCACUUGCAAAAUAAAAUCGGCGACAGCCUUUGUUGCAGAAAGUA